GGGAGAGCGGGUCACGACGUUGCCGGGGCGGGGAUAACCCCUCACGUGGAGCAGAUGAAAGGGCCGCGGCGCGACGCCCGGGGGAGCCGAGCAGAGCCUGCGACCCACAAAGCCGCCGCCGCCGCCGCCGCCGCGAUGGGGCUGUGAGGCGUCCGCCCGCGCUUGGUCCUCCGCCGGCCCGCGACUAUGCCCGGCCGCGCCCGCCCUCCGCGCCCUCCCGCCGCAGGACCAUGAGGCCGCGCUCGGGCGGGCGCCCAGGGGCCCCGGGCCGCUGCCGCCGCCGCCUCCGCCGCCGCCCCCGCUGCCCCCGCGGCCGCCGCCUGCCGCCGCCGCCGCCGCUGCCGCUGCUGCUCGGGCUGUUGCUGGCGGCCGCGGGGCCCGGCGCGGCGCGGGCCAAGGAGACGGCGUUCGUGGAGGUGGUGCUGUUCGAGUCGAGCCCGAGCGGCGACUACACCACCUACACCACCGGCCUCACGGGCCGCUUCUCGCGGGCCGGGGCCACGCUCAGCGCGGAGGGCGAGAUUGUGCAGAUGCACCCACUGGGCCUGUGUAAUAACAAUGACGAAGAGGACUUGUAUGAAUAUGGCUGGGUAGGAGUGGUGAAGCUGGAACAGCCAGAACUGGACCCGAAACCAUGCCUCACUGUCCUCGGCAAGGCCAAGCGAGCCGUGCAGCGGGGAGCCACUGCAGUCAUCUUCGAUGUGUCUGAAAACCCAGAAGCUAUCGACCAGCUAAACCAGGGGUCAGAAGACCCACUCAAGAGGCCAGUGGUCUAUGUGAAGGGCGCAGACGCCAUCAAGCUGAUGAACAUUGUCAACAAGCAGAAAGUGGCUCGAGCAAGGAUCCAGCACCGCCCUCCUCGACAACCCACGGAAUACUUUGAUAUGGGGAUCUUCCUGGCCUUCUUCGUCGUGGUCUCCUUGGUCUGCCUCAUCCUCCUUGUCAAAAUCAAGCUGAAGCAGCGACGCAGUCAGAAUUCCAUGAACAGACUGGCCGUGCAGGCCCUGGAGAAGAUGGAAACCAGGAAGUUCAACUCCAAGAGCAAGGGGCGCCGGGAGGGGAGCUGCGGGGCCCUGGACACGCUCAGCAGCAGCUCCACGUCCGACUGUGCCAUCUGCCUGGAGAAGUACAUCGAUGGAGAGGAGCUGCGGGUCAUCCCCUGUACUCACCGCUUUCACAGGAAGUGCGUGGACCCGUGGCUGCUGCAGCACCACACCUGCCCCCACUGUCGACACAACAUCAUAGAACAAAAGGGAAACCCGAGCGCCGUGUGCUUGGAGACCGGCAGCCUGGCGCGCGGCCGGCAGCAGAGGGUGAUCUUGCCGGUGCACUACCCCGGCCGCGUACACAGGGCCAGCGCCAUCCCCGCCUACCCGACGAGGACAAGCAUGGACGCCCACGGGAACCCUGUCACGCUGCUGACCGUGGACCGGCGCGGGGAGCAGGGCCUCUUCCCGCCGCAGACCCCCGCCUACAUCCGCGGCUACCCGCCCCUCCACCUGGACCACAGCCUGGCCCCUCACCGCUGCGGCCUGGAGCACCGGCCCUACUCGCCGGCGCCCCCCUUCCGCAGGCCCAAGUUCGGCGGCCGCAGCUUCUCCAAGGCAGCUUGCUUCUCCCAGUACGAGACCAUGUACCAGCACUACUACUUCCGGGGCCUCAGCUACCCCGAGCAGGAGGGGCAGCCCCCUCCCGGCCUCGCCCCCGGGGGCCCGGCUCGGGCCUUCCCCCCGGGCGGUGGGGGCCUGCUUUUCGCCCCCGCGGUGCACGCAGCCCCGGCCUCGCACCUGGAGAGCGGCAGCGCGUCCAGCUUCAGCUGCUACCACGGCCACCGCUCGGUGUGCAGCGGCUACCUGGCCGACGGCCCGGGUAGCGACAGCAGCAGCAGCAGCGGCAGCUCGGGCCAGUGCCGCUGCUCCUCCAGCGACUCGGUGGUGGACUGCACGGAGGUCAGCAACCAGGGUGUGUACGGGAGCUGUUCCACCUUCCGCAGCUCUCUCAGCAGCGACUACGACCCCUUCGUCUACCGCAGCCGCAGCCCCUGUCGCACCGGAGACGUGGGGGGCUCAGGCCGGGGGCCCGUGGUGCGCCUCGAGGGCUCCCCGCCCCCCGAGGAGCUCCGGGCUGCGGCCCGACGCCCAGGUGCGGGGCGGGGAGAGCCCUGGCCCGGGCCCGCCUCUCCCUCGGGGGACCAGCUGUCCACCUGCAGCCUGGAGAUGAACUACAGCAGUAGCUCCUCCCUGGAGCCCCGGGGGCCCAACAGCUCUACCUCAGAAGGGGGGCUCGAGGCCUCUCCCGGGGCCGCCCCGGACCUCAGGAGGACCUGGAAGGGGGCCCGGGAGGGGCCGCCGUGUGCCUGCUGCUGUGAGCCCCAGACCCCCGCCCCAGACCCCGGAGCGGGAGCGGCUGGGGGCGGCCUCUUGUUCCUGGGCCCCCCGCCCUGUGAGGGCUGCAGCCCCCAGGGUGGGGAGUCGCAGCCGGGGAGCUCCCAGGGCCGCUAUGGCCUUCACCCGGACCAUUUGCCCAGGACAGAUGGGGUGAAGUACGAGGGCCUGCCCUGCUGCUUCUAUGAAGAGAAGCAGGUGGCCCAUGGCGGGGGCGGGGGCGGGGGCGGGGGCGGCGGCUGCUACACCGACGACUGCUCGGUUCGCGUGCAGUACACGCUGGCCCAGGAGCUCCCGCCCAGCUGCCACCCCGGGGCCCGGGACCUGAGCCAGCGCAUCCCCAUCAUUCCGGAGGAUGUGGACUGUGACUUGGGCUUGCCCUCCGAAUGCCAAGGGACCCGGGGCCUCGGCCCCUGGGGUGGGACGCUGCCAGGUCCGGAUGCCCUGUGGCCCCACAGGGGCCUGGGAGCAGCCCAGCAAGAAGAGCGGGUUCCGUGCUGCCCGGCCAGGGCACCGCUGUCACCUCCCUGCCCUCCAGAGGAUGUGGGGGCCCCUGGGGCCAGCUCCCCCAGUGCCCCCCAGGACACUCAGGACUCCAGCGCCACAGCCGCUGAGGCUGCAGGACCGAGAUCUUGCCUGGCCGACAGUGGCAGCCCUGGAGCCUGAGCUCAGAAGGAACUCUUCCGUGGAAAUGGGAACUGUACGGAGACUCCAAACUCUGACUUCCUACAGAAAAAAAAAGAAAAAAAAAAAGAUUUUUUUAGCUUUGACAAACACAAAAGUGGUAAAAAAGAGAGCCCUCCUCAACCCAAAAUGUGAGCCACGUGUGGCAACCCCUCCUCCCAAUUAACAAACCAACAGACAAAAUUCUCUUAGUCUUUUGCCUCUUGAUAACAUGUUACUCUUCUGUUUUGUAAAGUGUGUGUGCUUGGGGUUCGAGGUGUGUGGGAUUGACUUUCUGCUUUGUUUUUUAAGAUAUUAUAUGUAAAUGUAAAAAGUUAUUUAAAUAUAUAUUUUAAAGAACCCUAA